GAUUACAUUGAUAAUACCGUACGAAAAUUCCGUAUAGAUUGUAGACAAUGGGUUGGGUGUUUAUGUUUAAAGAUUUAAAAUAUUUGUAGUUAAAUUUUUUGUUUCCUAGUUUGAGUAAUUUUUUAUUAGUCAAUUUUUUUGAAACAAUUUUUAUCAUGUGAUAUUUAGGAAUAUGGUUUCAAAAACAAUAAAAUAUUUUUGGGUGAUUCAAACUAUUUUGAUUUUUAGCCCAGUUAUAUAUUCAAACGAUUAUAACUCAUGGCCAAAUGUGCAAAGAACUGCUAAAGAAUUUACAGAAUGGGCGGGUGGUAUUGUCACCGAUCAGCAUCGACUAAAAGCAGAAAAAAGCCCUUAUGUUAUAUUAAAUAAUGUAAUUGUCGAAGACACAGGAGAGUUGAUUAUUGAUCCAGGUGUAACUUUAAAAUUCACUCCAAAAACUGGUAUAACUGUAAAAGGAUCGAUUAAAGCAUAUGGAGACGCUUAUAGAAAAAUUGUCAUGACAUCAAGCAUGGAUUUUGAAGAUAUUGAUGAAAAUUUACAUCAAUCUUCAAUUAAUAUUAGACUUGUUGAUGGAUCUAGUGUUUUAUCGGGAAGAUUACAAUUAUUUGUUAAAGGUGCUUGGAGAUCUAUUUGUACCUCAACUCAAUGGAGUAAAGCUGAUCUCCAUACAGUGUGUCGACAUUUGGGCUACCGAGGAGGACAAUUUUUACAUUGGAUGGAACCAAAUAUUGAUAAAUUGCAUUCACGUCUUAUGCUUUCAGAUUUACAAUGUGGAGGAACUGAAAAUAAUCUUUUUGAAUGUAAAGGAUGGUUAAAUAAAAAACUUGGAUCUGGUAGUUGCGAUUUAAAACAAGAUAUAGCUCUAGAAUGUCUACCUUAUUAUGAAAAUAGUUUUGCAAUGAAAAAUUAUUGGCAAGGAAUUAAGUUUGAAAAAGCACAAUCUAAAAAAAAAUUGAUACACCAUAAUACACUUUAUCAAUCAGAAUCUCUCUCUGAACUAAAUCAUGUAAUAAUAACGUAUGCAGGUGUAGGAGCUGAUUUUAAAGCUACUUCAGUAUUACAAGUAAAUGGUGUUCCACCACUGUUGAAAAAUGUUUCAAUUUUGCAUUCUGCAUACAAUGGCAUUAACAUAACUACUUCAGAUGCAAUAUUAGAUUUACAAGAUUGUAUUAUUAAAAAUAAUCAAGGAUAUGGUAUUUUUAUGAAUUCUUCUUUUGGUCAAUUAAAUUUGUUUAAAACUCUUAUAUCAAACAAUAAAGGAGAUGGUGUUCAUAUUGUACAAGGCAAAAUUGAUCAAGAUCUUAUUAGUAAUAUCAAUGAACUAUGUUCACUGCCAACAACAACUGAUCAAACUUUUCCUAUAAUUGUUUCUGUUCAACAAAAUCAAUUCAAUCCGAAACAAAUCAACUGUUAUAAGAGUUUUUCGACAAAAUAUGGACAGGUGUUAAGUGUAAAUAUCGAACAAACAAUAUCAUAUGAAUCGGAUAAUAGUUCAUUUAUAUAUAUCUAUGAUGGAGAAGUUUCUACUUCGGAGAGACUUUUAGCUACUAUUCCAGUGCACAAUAAUACAGUGCCUUUAUCAAUAACUUCUAGUCGUAAUACUAUUUUAGUUCAGUUUUCUUCACCAGCUAAAAAAUCAGUGUUUGGUAUACUUAGAGUUACAUCUGGUUUUGUGAAGUGGCAUAGUGUAAACAUAUCUGAAAGUAUUUUAUCAGACAAUAUAGGUUCAGGUCUCUUUGUUGAAAAUUUAUAUAGUGCUGUAUCUAUGUCAAAUUGUUCUAUUCAAAAUAAUAGUGGAAAUUCUGGUGUAAAUAUUUUUAAUGGUUCUGCUGAUGUUACACUUAUAGGAUCUCAAAUAUCUUAUAAUAACGGUUUUGGAAUUUUGACUAACAAUUAUGGGGGAGUGCGUAAUAUCACUUAUUCUGAAAUUAAAUCAAAUUCAGGACCUGGAAUUGCUGUUCGACUUUUAAAUAAACACACCAAAAAUGUAUUACAAAAAACCAUUUUAACUUACUCACUGAUUACUAAUAAUUCAGUAGUAAUUGAUGGUUGGUGUCAUGGAAAAUCAAGUAUUAAUGUAACAGGAAAUGUCUUCAGCUAUAGUAUUUAUGCAUUAGAAAUUAAAUCAUGCACAAAACGAAGAGUACAUAUUACAAACUUAAUUGUAUCAUAUAAUGAAUUUUAUAAUAAUAAAAAAUUAGCAAUUCUUAUAAGACCUAUGUUAAACAUAGAUUCUGUUAUGGAGUAUAAUCGUUUUAAGAAACAAGAACAUGGUUGUAUAUUAAUUAAAAAUGAUCACUUUGAUGAAGAUUUUGAUGAGUCUUAUACUAAUUCCAUUAUAAAAUAUAAUGAGUUCUAUGAUAACAGUGGAAGUUAUGUUGUAAAUUUAGGACUAAGUACUUACAGUCAAAUACAUAAUAUGUUGUUCACAUGGAAUUAUUUAAAAAGCAAUAAAAUAGUUCAACCAUUUAAAAUAAUUUCAAGAAAUAAAGUUGCUGCAGUUAUAGUAAUUGGUUCUUCUAAUAUCCAUGUAAUGAGAAAUAUUAUUGAUAACCCAUUAUCGGAUUAUGAAAUUGGUGUACAACUUGAAGAUCAAAGCCUUGUGGUUAAUGCGACUUAUAAUUGGUUAGGAAAAACUGAUGAUCACUUUAUUGUUAAUAGAUUGUUUCAUAGACGAGAUAGAUAUAACUUGGCAAAAAUUGAAUUUGUUCCAUUUUUGUUGCAUCCCUCUAAUCCUGGCACAACAUCAAUUAUGACUAUUUCUACAAUUGUUACACAGUUGUAUAAGGCUAACAAUGAUUUUGGUGGGGAAGUUGAUGGUGUAGAGUAUAUUUCUAGUGGAGAGUAUAUAGUUACUAGGGAUAUUAAUGUAGCUACAAGUGGAAAAUUAGUUAUUCAUCCUGAUGUGACUUUGAAGUUUAAUCCUGGUGUUGGUAUUAUGGUUGCUGGUAAACUAGAAGCUCGAGGUAGAGGUUUUGGAAAUAUUAAAUUUACUUUACAUGAAAAUUUGAAUUCUGUUGUUAAUGAAAGCAUUGAUACAACAAUUAAUUCAAAUGUUCGCUUAAUAGCAGGUAGAACAUAUACUGAAGGAAGAUUACAAGUUUAUUCUGAAGAGUUAGGUUCAUGGGGAUCAGUUUGUAAUUAUGGCUGGUCAAUGGAAAAUGCUGCUUUAGUGUGUCGUCAAUUAGGAUUGGUUUUGAAUCCUUUAGAUUGGACAGUUGAUGUACCUAUUGCAGACCCAUCAGAGCCAAUAUUUUUAACAAAUGUUACAUGUUCUGAUGAAGAUAUUGACUUAACUAAAUGUAAAGCAGAACAAGUUAUUGAGUUUGACCAUGGUUGUAAUCAUUCAAAAGACGUUGCAUUUCGUUGUGAACAACCUGGUUGGACAGGUCUUAGAUUAGGAGUAUUAGCAGACACUUGUAAUUUACAGUACAUCACAAUAGAAAAAGCUGGACUUGUUGAUUAUGUAUCUAAUACAUUUGGACCCGCAUUGCAAGUUGACUUAAAUCGACACACUUUUGAUGGUGUUAAAAUAUUAGACAAUUCGGAAAAUGGCUUGGAAAUUAUUUAUUCUGAUCUAUAUUAUAGCUCAAGUUAUAUUCAUAACUCUGAAUUUAGUGGAAAUAAAGGAGCAGGAAUAUGUUUUAAGCAAUUUGGCUUGAAUAUACAUGAUAGUAAUAUUGAAAGAAACAAGAUUGGUAUUCAACAUGAUGUUUCAAUAAGUAUUGAUAAACAAAGAGAACUAGCUGGAUGGUUUAAACCAUUUGCUACCAACUCAUUUCUCUAUAGUCCUGUGUUAUUUCCUAAUGAUAAAAAUGAUUUACAAAUUGAAUUGAAACCAAAUGAGUUCAAAUAUGUUAUUACUAAACAGAUGUCUUCAUAUAAUCUUGGGGAAUCUAUACAGUCUAAAAUAGUGUUCCAAUGUACUAGAAUUAAUUAUGUUGUUGGAAUUCAGAUGUUAAAUAUUCCUCAUAAUAAUACAAGUGAACAAAUUACAGUUUAUAAUAUUCAUAGUAAUAGGGCCAAUAAUAAUGUUUUAUGGAGUUCUUAUCAUGGUACAAGUAUAUUUCCUACCCAGAGUAUCUCCAAUAGUAUUAUCAUGCAUUAUAACAGUGGAUUUAAUCCCCGUGGAAAUAUUGUGCUUCUUGUAUCAUGUAAUCAAGCCACCAUUAACCAAGGCUUAUUAGCACAACCAGAGCCAACAUUAUAUGUAACAAAAACUGCUAUAAAGAGCAAUGAAAUUGGUAUUUUAGCUACUUAUUACAGCGAGUUCAUAAGUAUUGAAAAUCAAAUGGAUGUUAAUAAAUUAAAGAAAAUUCAAUAUUAUUUAAGACCUCUUAAUGAAACAAUUAAUUUAUAUGAUUGUGAUAUAUCAUAUAACAAAAAAUGUGGCUUUCUUGUUCAAGAAAAAGAACAAUUAAUGUUUCCAUCAUUAUCAAACAAUAAAUCUCACAUUCAUAUAAUUGUCAACCAAUCUAUAAUUGCUGAUAAUGGAAAAAUUAUCGAUCAUUAUUCUAAGGAUACACAAAAUUCAUUAAAUGUUUACAAAUGGGAACUUGCUGGAAAUUCAUUUGAACGUAACUUGUAUGAUGGAAUUCAAUUAAUAUUACCUUAUUUAUAUUCUUAUGAUGAAAAUUUUACUCAUUCAGUUGUAAUAAAUAAUAACUCAUUUGUUCAUAAUUCAAAUUUAAGAAUAGAUAUUGGUGGUCAUUUUUCUGUUUUGAACAUAACACAAAAUUCCAUACAAAAUAACAUUUGCAAUGGUGGUUUAAUAACAAUUUCUGGAAUGGAAAAAUACUUGCUUAUAUGGAAAAAUACAAUUAUUAGUAAUAAUGGUGAGUUUAUGGUUAAAUUUAGUGCCUUGAGCCAAUGUGAAAUAAUGAGUUCUGUAUUUGCGUUAUUCAGAGAAAAUAUAUUAAAAAGUAAUUUGAGAUUAUAUACUACAAAAUUGAACUCUGCUUUGAUAGUCUUUGAUGGAAUUCAAAAUGUGAAAAUUGAUCGAAAUAUAUUUUCCUCUAAUAAUAAUUUGAAUUAUGCUAUUAUUGCUGGAUUGAAAACAUCAAGAACAAGUUCAGUUAUCAAUUUGGCUAAUAAUUGGUGGGGUUCUGUUGAUGUUAAUCGUAUCAAAGAACUUGUUUUUGAUUUUGACGAUUGGAAUAACAAUGCAAUCACUAUUUUCACUCCAUUUUUAAUUGAUGAUUCUUUUGAUGCAUCACUAUCGAUGACUUGGGAUGAUCUGUCACAUAUUUCCAAUGGUGUGUUAGGUGGUAAAAUAUCAGAAUCACUAACUGUUGCACCACAAGAAAAGCCUUACGUUGUUGAAUCUGAUAUUACAGUAAUGCCUGGUGCUACAUUAAGAAUAUUACCUGGUACCAUAUUAGAGUUUGCUCCUAAUGUUGGUAUUCUAGUUCUGGGAUCAUUGAUAGCUAGGGGUUAUAUUGGCGGAGAAAUAACUUUUAAACCAUUGAGUAGAUCAGUAUUACCACCACAAGCAUAUGAUUUAAAGCCUAUGACUGGUGUGCGAUUAAACCCUGUAAAGAAUGUUGAUGAUUCAAAUACAAAUUAUUUUGGUUUUUUGGAAAUUUGGAAUAGCACCUUAAUGCAGUGGUUACCUUCUUGUGAUCAUUCAUUUACUGAAGCUAAUGCCAAAGUAGUUUGUAAAGAGAUUGGUUCAAACAGUUCAACUUUAAAUACUUGGUUCACAUGGAAAAAACAUUAUUAUAAUGAAAGUCAAAUGGUUGUUGCAGCUCAAAGUUGGCCUCAACGUUACCGGUGUUCAGGUUAUGAAAAUAAUAUCCAAAGUUGUCCAAUUCUGAAUAUUACUGAUGAAUUUUUAAUAUGUGAUUGGAAUGAUGAAUCAUUUGUCUUUGUAUACUGCACUGAAUCCAUCUUACCAAGAAAUCAACAACAUUGGGGAGGCAUAAGGUUUGCCAAUAAUGAUUUUGAAGUGAAUGAUUACACAGAAUAUUUACACGAUGAUGAAAACCAUGGUAUGAAAUUAAAUAUCCAAUCACAACUGCAAUUUGUCAAAAUUGAUGGUGCUGGUGUUUUACAUAAUGAAUUGUCAUCAGCUGUUAUGGCAAUCGGAAAAUCUCCUUAUAUAGAUUCAAUUAAUAUAACAAAUUCAGCAUCUCAUGGAGUAUCUAUUUUAACUUUUAAACAUCAAAAUAUACAUUUAUUUUCUAAUUGGAUUGAAAAUAAUACUGGCAUAGGAGUAAAUAUUAUAUCUUUAACUGGUGAAGGCCAAGAAAACGAUGAAAGUUCUUUUAAUGUUUUAAAGUAUGUUAAUUUACCAAAAGAUACUUUUGGGUUGUUGGAUAUGUGUGAUCCUACUAAAGACAUUGUAGUUUUUGAACGAAUGAUUGUGCAUUUCAAAUAUGGAGAUCAGCCUUUAACUUGUGUAAAAAUUUUCCGUAGUCAUUUUGGUUUUAAAUCAUUAGGCUUAAGAAUACUACAGUUGAACUUAGCACAUAACACUGAUUAUGUCAGUAUAUAUGAUGGUAUUAUAUAUAAUAAAACUUCAGAAAUAACUCGCCUAGUAAAAUCUUCAAAAACUCAAAAAAGAAGAUUUUUUAAAUCAACUUAUGGUAGCAUAAGUCUAAAAGCUGUAGCUCAUGCUGCAUCAUCUCGUAUUUUUGGUUUUAUAGCUGAAAUUGUAACUCUUCCUAUAGCUGCUAUUGGUUUUGAUCGAAACACUGAACACAACAUUUCUUAUUCAGUCUUAAAUAAUAAUUUAAUGGGAUCUAUCAGUUAUACCUGUGCUGGAGAAGUAAAUCCUCAUAUUAGUAUUGCAUGGAAUAAAAUAAUGAAUAACUGCAAACAUAUACCUGAUACAAAUAUAAGUACUUGUGAAAUGCCAUUACAAUUCCAACUACAAAAUACUCAAAGCAUCCAAAUGCACAAUAAUCUAUUGAUAAAGAAUCAAGGUGGUUUAAAAAUAUCAGCUGAUUCUAGUGGAUAUGCUACUGCUCUCCAAGCAAACAUUCAUAAUAAUUUGUUUACUGAUAAUUUUAACUUACCUGUUUUAAAUAUAACUGGAAAUCGUGUAGCACCCCAACAAAAGAUUACAAUUUUUAGAAACUUUUUCUCUAAUAACACUGCCCCAUUUGAGAAUAUCAUUCAACUAUAUCAAGUUGUAUCAAAUUUUACUUACAAUUAUGUUUAUAACAAUAUUGGUUUACAUAUACUUAAAAUGUCUGGUUUUCAAGGUAUUAGAUUGCCACUACAAUCAGUGACGUUACACAAUGGAUUUUAUUGGAAUGAAGCAACAGAUAUACUUAAUAAAGGAACAAUACUUGCUUUAUCUAAUGGCCAGUACUAUGUUCACAACGUUUUUUAUAAUCCAGAAAAUAAUUAUGAAAUUAUAGCAGCUACUAUUAACAAUCGAUCAUUAAAUGAUUUUAUUUAUCCCAUAGAAGGAUCUAUUGAUGCUCGGCAUAAUUAUUGGGGAUUUAAUGAUUCAGUAGCUGUAUUUGGAAGAAUUAAAGACUAUAAAGAUGAAAUUGAAUUAAUGGCUGUAGAUGUUAUGCCUUAUUAUUCUUCAAAUAAAACUUUGCUUGAGUCUGAAAAGUGUCCACCUCCAUGGAUUUUAAUGUCUUCAACUAAUACAUGUUUUGCAUACAUAGCUGUGCCAAUGACUUUUUAUGAAGCAAAAACAUUUUGUACUACUAUGAAUGCAUCUAUGCCAUUUAUUACGGGCGACUAUUCGAGUAUCAGAAGAACUUUACAACUGCAAAUAUAUGACUAUGGUUUAAUAUGGGUGCAACACAUAGAUUAUAUAAGUCAAUGUACAGCUCUUGGAUUUAACAGAGUUCAGACAAACAUAGACUGUUUCAGCCGUAAUGCAUUUUUAUGUGAAAUGGAUCCUCAAGUUGUGAUAAAUCCAUUGAAAUGGAGAGAUGAUAUUGUUAACAUAGCAGUAACUGGAUUAAUAUUAGGUUGUUUAUUUUGUGUAACAUCAGUAUUGUGUUGUUGGUGGACUAAAUCAAAGCGGAGACAUUCUCAAAGGCUAACUAGAAGAAAUUCAAUUCGUCAAUCAUUAACAUCACUACGCUCUUUAUCUCUUUCACAACCUACAUUUUCUGAUUUGAAUUAUAGGCGAAAACCACUAAUUGAUAAUCCAAGUGGUUUCAAUACUAUAUCGACUAAAAUAAAUGGUAGUACUGAUUCAAUAUUAAAGUCACAAUUUAACUCUUCUGUUGAUGAUUACGAGGCAAGUGAUCUCUAUGAAGUUCAUAAUGGCAAUGACCCUAUUAAUACCGAAAAUGAGUAUGACUUAGCUUACAAAAAUAAAGGGUUUAGAGAUAAUUCUACUUUCGCAUCUACUGUUGGUAUGUGGACUGACUUAAGUAGUCGAGGUGUAUAUAGUAGUGCUGAUGUUUUAGAAACCAAUUUGGAUCUGGCACCAUCACCUCCACCUAGGUCUCACAGCCAACCUCUUGAAACUUCAAUGUGAUAUCCUGUGUACCUAAUUUUUGUUUUUGUAAUAUUAACUAAUAGCAUAAUCGAUCUCUUAGACCCGAGAAUUUUCACAUAUUUAUUAAUUAUGUUAUUAUUUUGUAUGCAUAAAAUGUAAAUUUUUGUUUUAUUGUUUAACUAUUAGUCAAUAAUAUUAAAUUGAUAAAAUUAUCCAUUGCACUGCCCUGCCUAUGACUGUAAUUUUUACUGGGCCUUCUAAGUGAAUUAAUUAAUACUAUUAUUUAUAGGUUAACGAAAUUUAACAUGGUAUUUUUUGUUUUAUAUAAGAUUUAUAGCAUGUAACUUAUAUUUAUGUGAUUUUGUAAAAUAUGCCGUCCAGUUUAUAUAUAACACAAUAACCGUCCAUGAGAGAAAUAUAUUUUACUACUAGAAAUAUACUAUUUAAUUUAUAUUAUAAAUUAUUGUUGUACACUUGACAUUUUUUUAUGAACAAUAUAUAUUUAGUUUAUAUAUAUUA